AAGAAGUUGAUCAAUUACCAAAAGAAAUCAAUGUUAAAGAACACCAAAAAUAUACUGUAAUAAUACCAUAUAUUAUGGAAAAAAUAGGACAAGGCGAUAUAAUAGAACCAAAGAUCCUAGCUGCACAAAGAACAGACCAGUGCAAAAUAUACCCAAACCAAUGGUCAUGCUUUGGAGGAAAAGUAGAACUGAAUGAAACAUAUUUCGAAGAAAUUGUACGAGAAGCACAAGAAGAAUUGGAUCUAAAAAUAGAUCAUUCACGAAUGCAACUUAUCAUGAUACACAACUAUCAUUCACACAAUCAAAAUGGAACAAAACUAUUAUACAAUCAUGAAAUCGAAACUGUAUCCGAAAUGAAUAGAGUAACCAUACCAAUUUGGUUAUAUCAUUUAACCAAUAAAGAAAAGAAUUCUAUCAAAAAUAUGGAACCAAAUAUCCAAACAAACUUCAAAUACUUAUCACAAAAAGAAGUACAACACUUAUGCUUCACACCAACAAUCCACAUGAAUAAACAAAAAUUAUUUGAAUUAUUAAUACCAUAUUACGAAAAUGAGUACAUCACUAAAAAGGAAAAGAUCACUUAUGAUCCACACAGAUUAGAUCAAAAAAGGGAAUACGCCAAAGAAAAACCUUUACGCCAGAAACUAAAUAAAGGAGUGAAAAAACGCCAAAAUCCUUAA